GGAGGAGGAGGUGGGGGAGAGGGAAAACACUAAAGGGGGUAGCUAUGGAGAUAGAACGUUUUCCUGGCUGCUUUCUUUGACAGGUGUUGAGUGGGGUAAAAGUCUUAAAACAGAAUCCAGCAUGUACGCCAAAGGUAAAGGAGCUGUCGUCCCUUCUGAUAGUCAAGCGAGAGAAAAGUUAGCUUUAUAUGUCUAUGAGUACUUGCUGCAUGUUGGCGCACAGAAAUCGGCACAGACCUUCCUGUCAGAGAUCCGAUGGGAGAAGAAUAUCACAUUAGGAGAGCCUCCUGGAUUCCUGCACUCAUGGUGGUGUGUAUUCUGGGAUCUGUACUGCGCAGCUCCAGAUCGACGGGAGACAUGUGAACAUUCCAGCGAGGCCAAGGCUUUCCACGACUAUAGUGCGGCAGCAGCUCCCAGUCCUGUGAUGGGCAACAUGCCGCCCAACGAUGGCAUGCCAGGUGGACCCAUGCCUCCCGGCUUCUUUCAAGGCCCACCUGGGUCACAACCAUCACCUCAUGCACAGCCCCCUCCACACAACCCCAACAACCCCAUGAUGGGGCCGCAUGGUCAGCCUUUCAUGUCUCCACGGUACCCAGGUGGACCCCGCCCAUCACUCCGCAUGCCAAAUCAGCCUCCCGUUGGAGUCCCCGGGUCACAGCCGCUCCUGCCAAACAGUUUGGACCCCACCAGACCGCAAGGACAUCCAAACAUGGGCGGCCCAAUGAGGAUGAACCCACCCAGAGGAAUGGGAGGCAUGGGCCCACAGAACUACGGCGGUGGAAUGAGGCCUCCUCCGAACUCUCUCGGCGGUCCUGGAAUGCCUGGCAUGAACAUGGGUCCGGGAGGUCGAGGGCCGUGGCCUAAUCCUAACGCAAACUCAAUAGCAUACUCAUCUUCAUCACCAGGAAACUAUGUGGGGCCUCCAGGAGGUGGCGGGCCUCCAGGAACUCCCAUCAUGCCAAGCCCAGGAGACUCGACGAAUUCCAGUGAAAACAUUUACACGAUGAUGAAUCCAAUCGGCCCUGGUGGCAACAGACCGAACUUCCCAAUGGGGCCGGGGCCCGACGGUCCAAUGGGUGGAAUGGGAGCGAUGGAGCCGCACCAUAUGAACGGGUCUUUAGGCUCGGGUGAUAUGGACGGGUUGCCAAAGAACUCUCCGAACAACAUGGCAGGUAUGAACAAUCCCCCAGGGACUCCGCGGGACGACGGGGAGAUGGCAGGCAACUUCUUAAACCCAUUCCAAAGUGAAAGUUAUUCACCCAACAUGACGAUGAGUGUGUGAUUCUUCUUUUUUUAAUUUUGUUUUUUAAUUUUAAUUUUAUUUUUUUAACCCCGCACCCCAUCCCACUUCCUGUUCUCCUCGUCUCUGCUGCGUUCGGCAUGUUGUUGUGUUUUUUUAUUUUUUUAUUUGCUCGAUCUUCAACUCCCCACAACUCCCUCAAACACUCUGGGUUGGCGCCCUUCAGCCGGUCGGUGUGGCCACGGAGCGGAGGACGCCCAGUACAAAGCCGAAAGGACGCAGGCCUCGGGUCACAGGAAGAGCCUUCUGACGGACUCAACCUGCCUGCCGGGCUUCGUAUCUGGAUCGGGCCCUCGAUUGAACCACCGUGUGUGUGUUUGUACAUGUGCGUGUGUGUGUGUGGGACUGUGCCAGGAAGACACUUCAUAACUAGCUGCUCAUCAGCAUUGAAGCUGGUGGCUUUAUUUCAGACCAGUUUGAUCAUUUCUUUCGGCAAUGAAACACUGAAACUAGUGGUUGUUUGAUUGCUGUGUACAUUUUAAAAUGGAAAAAGCUAAACUGGUGACGCUAGGGGCAGGAAUGGUCUCAUAUUACUAUAUUUGUAUAUUAUUGAUAAUAUUAUUGUUAUAAUUUUCAUAAUUGCUAUGAUGAUGAUGUACUCAUAAUUUUAUGGAUUUUCCUGUAAAGGGCACAUUUGUAUCUCAACAACAUCAAUGACAGAAUAAGCACACAUUCAAAUGCACAAUGACACUUCUGUUUACAUGAUUUUAGGUAUUUGUUUGUCUCUUUUGUUUGAAUUUUGUGUCUUUGCAUAUACCUCUUCCUGUGUUCUUCAUCCAACUGAUGUCAUCACUACCGAGAUGGACAAGCUCAAUUGUGUGUCUAUGUCAACAAAGUGGCUACAAUCACUGGUUUAAUGCACCCGUCGGCACUGUAUUUAAAGAUUGGAGUACAUUUCAAAGUGUAAAAGGGUGACCGUUUCAUAUUCACUGCCAUUGCGUAUUUGCUCCAUCCUUGGCUUGGUCACAAACAGCCAAUAACAAAUACAUUUUUACCAUCCAUUCUUGAUGAUUUUCCACCGAUACUUCAUUGUAAUUUUGCCACUACGUGUUUGCCACGUUGUUUUGCAAGUCUUUUUAGAAAUAUUACCCACGACGUGUUUGUAAAAGUAGUUGGACUCAGGCUGCUCUUACAAGCACGAGUAUCCUUGUGCUCUAUAGUCCCAUGUCUGUAAAUAUAACUUUUCUUUUUUGGGGGUCAUGGACCUUAUUGAUAUUUUCAAUACACUUCUUGUCUGUGAAGC